AUGGCUUCUUUACAUAAAAACGCCUGGUUUUUCCCUUUUAUACUAGGAAUUACUUUGCUCGCGGCAGGAUAUUAUGUUAUUAACUUCCAUAACAUUAUUGAGCUGGCUUCUUCACAAUCGCACUACGAAAAUUACUUAAAUAAAGGUUUAGGUAACAGUGACUGUAACUGUACAGCACCAAAACGAACUCAAAAAGUGCCAAAAAUAUUACAUUAUGUAUAUCUUAAUGAAGAUCCAGCAAGCUUGCCCUUUAAUUUUACUCAUUGGCUCGCUUUUACUUCAGCGAUUGAGACUAUUAAGCCAGAAAAGACAUAUUUCCAUUGCAUUCACGAACCAAAAAGCUAUUGGUACCAGCUCAUAAAGCCUAAAGUAAGUAUUAUGAAAACACGAAUAGUAACAAAGAUUUUUGGAAACCCUGUAAAUAUUAUUCAACACAAGUCAGAUAUUAUACGGAUGGAAGUGUUACGGGACUUUGGUGGCAUUUAUCUCGAUCUUGAUGUAAUUGUCCUCCAGCCAUUCGAUGAUCUUCUCUAUUAUGAUUUUACUAUGGGCAUUGAGAAAACGAAUCAAUCAACUCUUUGUAAUGCGGCAAUCGUCAGCAGGCCAUUUGCUCCCUUUCUAACUAGAUGGAUGCUAGGGUACAAGGAUUUUGACGAUAGUGACUGGUCCCGUCAUUCAAUUCGGUUACCUUACAAUAUGUCAAAAGUAUAUAGCAAUGAUAUCCAUGUUUUAAACGCAACUGCAUUUUUUUGGCCGACUUGGAUGGACGAGCACCUGGAUUUGGCGUACGCAUCAAAUAAUUAUAAUUUUUCUAACCAAUACAUCUACCAUAUGUGGUCUACAAAAAGCUAUUAUAAAUAUUUACAAUAUCUGUCCCCGAAAUCGAUUAAAAGUGAGGAAACGAGCUUUAAUAGAGUUGUCAGAAAAUUUUUAAAUUAUUUACCUAAAGAUUUUAAUGAAAAGAACUUUGACUUUGAUGGAUAG